GAUAAUGCUAUUGGGGCGGCGGAUCACUUACUUCUGACGUUCCGAAGCCUCGGGGAGUUGGCGCAAGAUCGCUGCUCUUUGAUAAGGUCCUGGCAACUUAGUAGCAACUGAGUUUCCUGGCGGCUCCUUUGCGCGGAGCUGUUGCUACAUUUCUUCCGCGAGCGAACAGCUCUGCGUGUCUCUUUGUUGUUUGCUUCUUGCUUCUUAUUUUUAUUCUUUAUUUUGAGUCGGGUUUAUUUUUUCUUAAUGUGCGGUUGAGCGCAAUUGCCGCAUUUUAAUUUCUGCGGUUUUUCCUCGUUUUUUCUUUUUUUGCUCUUUUUUUAGUUUGUAUCUACCUUCCAGGACCUGGCUGUCGGCUCCUCACUUUGAUGUCCGCACUUAAACCCUGAGCCCAGUACAUAUUGGAAUAGCCUGGAGGAGAUCUGCUGUAUGGCGUGGCUGCGUGAAGAAACGCUGGGGAAGAAGGAAAGAAAAGACUAGGAGGAGUGCGGGAGGAAAGAAAAACCGCCGCUACGACUUGUUUUUUGUUUUAUUUCUUACGGAGGGAAACAAAAAAGAAAAGCUCCUUUUAUUCGCCGCUAUUUACGGACGGACCGGGAGAAGCAGAGAGAGAGGAGCGUCGCUGAUUCGCCGCUGAAACCCGAGCGUGGAUUAUUUUUUAUUUUUUAUUUAUAUUUUUUAACCCGUGCUGGAGAGAGUGGGAGGAAAAGCGCUAAAAGGACUAAAAAAGCAGAAGAAAGUGGACUUCUUGUUUUCUUUUAUUGGUGGAUUUAGGACGGAGCGCGCGGAUCGAUGGUAAAUAAGUAAAGAGGAGCCAGGCCAGGGAAGGAGCUCCCCCGCUGACUUGAGAGAGUGAGGAGAUUAGAGCAAGAGCUCAGAAAAGAAGAAGAGGAAGAGGCGGAGGAGGACGAGGAAGGGGAGGACGGGGGUUCGCUGCUGCCGCCGUCGCAGCCCGAGCCAUGAACAGGGCGCUUGCAGACCCUGUGGUCAGUAGCUUCAGAGAAGAUGCCCCUCGCCCUCCGGUCCCUGGAGAAGAGGGAGAGGCGAGAUGCCGGGAGGACCAGAGCAAGCCGGCGGCGGCGAUGAUGAUGAUGAGAGCCAAAGAGGCGGCUAGGGCGCUCGCCAACGCCGGCUCCCCCUCGGCACGGAGAGGCGACGAGGGUCUGGGCGAGCCUGAGGGCAGCGCCUCGCCGGACUCUCCUCUGGCACGCUGGAACAAGUCGCUGCACUCCCUCCUCGGGGACCAGGAUGGCGCCCAGCUUUUCCGCGCCUUCCUGGAGCGCGAGAAAUGCGUGGAUGCUCUGGACUUCUGGUUCGCCUGCAACGGCUUCCGGCAGAUGGACCUCAAGGACGGCAAGACGCUGCGAGUCGCCAAAGCCAUCUACAAGCGCUACGUGGAGAGCAGCGGCGUGGUGGCCAAGCAGCUCAAGCCCGCCACCAAGACCUUCAUUAAGGACAGCGUCAAGCGGCAGCAGAUCGACUCGUCCAUGUUCGACCAGGCGCAAACCGAGAUCCAAACCACCAUGGAGGAGAACGCCUACCAGAUGUUCCUCACCUCCGACAUAUACCUCGAGUACGUGCGCAGCGGCGGCGAGAACGGCUCGCACGUCAACGGCGGCGGCGCCGCGCUGGCCGGGCUGAAGCUGGUCUGCGGAUAUCUGCCCACCCUCAACGAGGAGGAAGAGUGGAGUUGUAACGAGUUCAAAGCCAAAGCUCUGGCCGUGGUGGGACUAUCUACCAAAGCGCUGCGGUCAGCAUCUUCCUUGAGGACGGUGGAAGUUUUGGAGAAGGCUACAGUGGGAUACAGGUCGUACAGACGUGGCGAUUCAUCCAACCCGUACCAUGUGGCCUCCGGCUGCAGCUUCGCCCCCGCCACCAGUGCCAACGACAGCGAGAUCUCCAGCGAUGCCCUGACGGACGACUCCAUGUCCGUGACUGACAGCAGUGUUGAUGGGAUCCCUCCAUACAAACUGGGCAGUAAGAAGCAUCUUCAGAGGGAGAUGCAUCGGAACAUGAGGAUGAACGGCCAGGUUCCUCUACCUCCAUUUCCCAGGACGCAACGGCCGCCCAAGGAGAUGACCCCGGAGGAUCCGGCGGUGUUCGCCGCCAAGCUGAUCUCAAGGCUGGAGAGGCUAAAGAGAGAGCAGGAGACCAAAAGUUCAUUGGCGGAGAGGCUACACAAGAUCCAGGAGGAAGAAGAGCGUGACGAGUCAGACCUCUCCAGCAGUGGUGGAGGUGUCUCCUCCCAGCACUGCUCGCAUCCUCUUCCCCUCCUGACCCCGGGAUCCUGCGAGGAGGACCCUCAAGCCAUCCUGGACGAGCACCUCUUGCGGGUACUCAAGACGCCCGGCUGCCAGUCGCCCGAUGUGCCCAGGCACUCGCCGCGCUCUCGCUCACCCGAAGUGCGGCCUCUACCACGGGGAGGUCCCGGCGUCCCCCGGCCCCUGGCUUGCUCCACAACGGGAGGUUACCUGCCUGGGCAGACGAUUGUGUCCCAGCCGUCUACCAAACACAUCCACCACCACUACAUCCACCACCACUCUACGCCCAAGAGCAAGGAGCAGAUCGAAGCCGAGGCGGCACAGCGGGUACAUUGCAUGUGCCCCGGGGGGUCGGACUGCAGUCCUUUACCCUACACGAGAAGCCGAAGCUUGGGUCGGGAACAGGGUGGCAGUUUGGCUGAUGGGACUGUUGGAUGUUCCAACGCCUUGUCCAAGCGUCUCUGCAAAUCAGGCGAGGAAGUCAAUAAUGAAGGUGUUGAGGUUUCCACUCUACAGCUGCCUACCGAUAGCGCCGAUCGCUCACAGAACGUCUGGCAAUGGAUCUUGGAAAGUGAUCGGCAGGCCAAGCACAGGUCCCACAGCACUCAAAGCACCAGGAAACUGUAUGGACCCGAUGCGGUGAGAACACACACCUGGGGAGGUGGAGGAAGCAGUGGGCAUCUUCGUGCCCAUCAGCCUGCCCACCCCUUCGUCCAGGACCCAGCCAUGCCCCCUCUGCCUCCACCCAAUACCCUGGCACAGCUGGAGGAGACUUGUCGGCGGUUGGAGGAGAUCUCGAAACCUCCCAAACAAAGGCAUUCAACCCCAGGCUCCACCCACAUUCAAAGAGACAAGAGCCACCCAGUGCCUGUUCAGAACGGAGCUCCGCCUCUCCUAAACCAAGGCCCUCAGAGCGAGGAUUCAAAAGAGCCAAAGAAGACGCCCGGCAGUCACGCCGCCGCCGGCUCUGAGACGGUGGUCACCUACUUCUUCUGUGGCGAGGAAAUCCCGUACCGGCGCACCAUGAAGACGCACAGCCUCACCCUCGCCCACUUCAAAGAGCAGCUCCGCAAAAAAGGCAACUACAGGUACUACUUCAAGAAGGCGAGUGACGAGUUUGAAUGCGGGGCAGUGUUUGAGGAGGUGUGGGACGACGGCAGCGUUCUACCGAUGUAUGAGGGCAAGAUCCUGGGAAAAGUGGAGCGAAUGGAUUAAAAACUGUCAAAGGAAAACUCUAAACCAUCCGCCAGCCCCUGUCGGUGGUCUUCUACUUCUCUCCUGCUGGGUGCCUUUCCGUUUGAAGUGGAGCAGUUGAGGGGGGAUCAUCGCCACCUCGUCCGGGCCUUCAUUGGGCCAGUCAUUGGCACAAUCUUUGGCCAUAUUCUGACCCAGUCAUUGGUCCAGUCAUUGGCCAGGGGAUUCAUUUAAGGAGGUGUGGGAUGAUGGCAGCAUUUUACUGAUGUUCGAGGGCAAGAUCCUGGACUAAAAACUGUCAAAGGAAACUCUAAUUCAUCGGCAAGCCCCUGUCGGUGGUCCUCUACCUCUCUUAUGCUGGGUGUCUUUCCGUUUGAAAGGGAAGCGGUAGAGGAGGGAUCAUCAGCACCUCACUCUGGUCUUCAUUGGCCAAGUCAUUGGAAAAAUCAUUGGAACAAUUCUGAUCCAGUCAUUGGCCAGAGGUUGUGUUUAAGGAGGUGUGGGAUGAUGGCAGAAUUUUACCGAUGUUCAAGGGCAAGAUCCUGGACUAAAAACUGUCAAAGGAAACUCUAAACCAUCUGCAAGCCCCUGUCGGUGGUCCUCUACUUCUCUUCUGCUGGGUGCCUUUCCAUUUGAAAGGGAAGCGGUAGAGGGGGGAUCAUCAGCACCUCACCCAGGUCUUCAUUGGCAAAGUCAUUGGAAAAAUCAUUGGCCCAAUUCUGACAAAAUCAUUGGCCAGAGGUUGUGUUUAAAGAGGUGUGGGACGACAGCAGCGUUCCACUGAUGUACGAGGGCAAGAUCUUUGACUAAAAACUGUCAAAGGAAACUCUAAACCAUCGGCAAGCCCCUGUCAGUGGUUCUCUACUUCUCUUCUGAUGGGUGCCUUUCCGUUUGAAAGGGAAACGGUAGAGGAGGGAUCUUCAGCACCUCGCCCAGGUCUUUAUUAGCCAAGUCAUUGGGCCAAUCAUUAGCCCAGUCAUUGGCUUAAUCAUUGGAAAAGUCAUUGGCCCAAAUUUGACCCAGUCCCUGGCUUGGUCAUUGGCCAGUGGCUGUAUUUAAGAAAGUAUGGGACCAGAGCAUCGUUCCUUCCAUGUACGAUGGCAAGAUUCGGGGAAAAGUGGAGCCAAUGGACUAAAAACUGUAAAAGGAAAUCUCUAACCAUCGGCAAGCCCCUGUCAGUGGUUCCCUACUUUCCUCCUGCUAAAUGAGGAAAGUAGUUGAGCGGGGAUCAUUAGCACUUCACCCAGAUUGUCAUUGGCCAAGUCAUUGGCCUAAUUCUGACCCAGUCAUUGGCUCAGUCAUUGGCCAGUGGCUGUAUUUAAGGAAUUAUGGGACCAGAGCAUCGUUCCUUCCAUGUUUGAGGGCAAGAUUCUGGAAAAAGUGGAGCGAAUGGACUAAAAACUGUCAAAGGAAAGUGGUCAUCCGUGUACACCAGCUCUGUGUACGCCAACGCAUGAGGCUAGCUAACAAACGAAGCGAAGAAAGCAUAGAAACCGAAGAACGAACUUCUCCGAUGCGGCGACGUGUUUUCAAAGAUUAAAAAAAUAAGAAGUUGAUAUAUCCACUAGAGACAUUUUUUUAUAUAUAGACGGUUCAUAUUUUGGCUCACCAAGCUAUUGAAGGAAUACUAGCCAAUGAAGUAUGCCUGUUGGUGGAAGACUCCAGCAAUGCAGUCUGGGAGAUCUGUCUACCUAUCUAUCUGGCACCAACCAACCAUUCCAACCAUAGGAAUUGGAUGGAAGACGUUGGAACACUCAACUCAACAGCAAAACGACGUAAAAAAGAUAAAAAGUGACGCAACUACAAGUUAUGACCACUGUCUGAAGAUGCGGGUGACUGUUUUUAUUUUAUUUUUUUCACAUAUAUUAUUUUUCCAGAGGGACUUACACUACAGACGCGCCAAAUCCGGUGCAACCGACCCGCACCAUGGACUGCUGACCAACGUUUAGUUGUGCUAUUUGUAGCGGUUUGGAUGUGUGUGGUGUGUAAUGUGGGUGUGUAUGGUUGUGUGUUUGUGUGUGUGUGUGUAUGCAGAGUGUGUAUGCAGAGGUGCUUAUAUGUGCACGUUAUAAUAUGCUUUUGUCACAAGUAAAAGGACUAUUAAUAUUUAUUAAACCGUCAUUUCCCUCCUGCCCCACGUCCAGCUGAUGGACAAGCUGCUUAGUUGAAUUGGGAGAUCUUUCCAAUGUAACUCAUGCAUGGACACAAGUCUAUCCAGAGUCCCCCCCACUUAACUAAACGGACUUAAACCAGGAGUCUCGGUGCCGGCCAAUGGGGACGCGACUUCUCUACUGGACCUCAUCACUUCUCUUCAAAUAUAUAUAUAUAUAUAUAUAUAUAUAUAUAUAUAUAUAUAUAUAUAUAUAUAUAUAUAUAUAUAUAUAUAUUUAUAUAUUUGUAUCAUAGUGCCUUCGAGUUAUCGGUCCCAGGCGUGAAGGAUUGCACAGGAUUGAACUGCCUUGUCCUGAUGCCUCAGACAAAGUCCUAAAAAAAAAUACAGACAAACAAACAAACAAACAAACAAACAGGCAAAGUUCAAUUAUAAUUACUAUAUUAUAUUUAUAUUGCAGUGCUAUAUAAUCUCUAGACCCUGUUUACACGUGGUCGCUUCAUGUCUCUUCAUGUUUCUUCAUGUAUCUUGUGUAUCAGGAUUAUAUCCGUAUCAAUCCACAUAAAAAUGCAAGUGUGAACACUCCUAAAACACAUUUGAAAUACAUACAAAUCUGAUUAAUCCAACCACUUCAGGAGGUGGUCUAAGACAGAUUUGGAAUGGACCACUUUAAGAGACGGUCUGAGACGCAUUUAAAAAAGAUACAAAUCGGAUUACUUAAACUCUUAACUUCACGAUGUGGUCUUAGACGCAUUUAAAACCGAUACAAACCUGAUUAUUUAAACUGUUCCCUUCUAAAGAUGGUCUGAAACAGAUUUGAAAUGGACCACUUUAGGAAGUGGUCUGAGACAGAUGUUAAAUUUAAAACAGAUUCAAAUCUGAUGAUUUAAACUGUUCGCUUCUAGAGGUGGUCUGAGACAGAUUUGGAAUGGACCACUUCCGGAGGUGGUCUGAAACAGAUUUAAAACAGAUACAAAUCGGAUUACUUAAACUCUUCACUUGACGAUGUGGUCUGAGACGCAUUUAAAACAGAUAUAAAUCUGAUUACUCAAACUGUUCACUUCUUGAGGUGGUCUGAGACAGAUUUGGAAUGGACCACUUCAGAAGAUGGUCUGAGAUGCCUGUAAAAUAGAUACAAAUCAGAUCAAUUAAACCACUUUAGAAGAUGGUCUGAGACACAUUUUGAAGUGAUAAAAAUCCGAUCACUCAAACCACUUCAGGAGGUGGUCUGAGGCGCCUUUAAAAUAAAUCUGAUUUCUCAAACUAUUCACUUCUGUAAGUGGUCUGAUACAGAUUUGGAAUGGACCACUUCAGGAGGUGGUCUGAGACGCAUUUAAUAGAGACAUAAAUCAGAUAUCUUAAACUUUUAACUUCACAAUGUGGUCUUAGAUGCAUUUAAAACAGAUACAAAUCGGAUUACUCAAACUAUUCGCUUCAGGAGGUGGUCUGAGACAGAUUUGAAAUGGACUAUUUCAGGAGGUGGUCUGAUACAGAUUUGGAAAGGACCACUUCAGAUGGUGGUCUGAGACACAUUUAAUACAGAUACAAAUCUGAUUACUGAAACUGUUCACAUGCUGGAGGUGGUCUGAGACAGAUUUGGAAUUGACCACUCCAGGAGUUGGUCUGAGACAGAUUUAAUAGAGAUAUAAAUCUGAUUACUUAAACUCUUAACUUUACAAUGUGGUCUUAGAUGCAUUUAAAACAGAUAUAAAUCUGAUUACUCAAACUAUUCACUUCUGGAGAUGGUCUGAGAAAGAUUUGGAACGGACCACUUCCAAAUGGUGGUCUGAGACAGAUUUGUAAUGGAUCAAUUCAGGAUGUGGUGCGAGACACUUUUAAUACAGAUAUAAAUCUGAUUACUCAAACUAUUCACUUCAGGAGGUGGUCUGAGAUAGAUUUGGAAUGGACCACUUUAGGAGGUGGUCUGAGGCACCUUUAAAAUAGAUACAAAUCUGAUUACUCAAACUAUUCACUUCUGUAAGUGGUCUGAUACAGAUUUGGAAUGGACCACUUCAGGAGGUGGUCUGAGACGCAUUUAAUAGAGACAUAAAUCUGAUAUCUUAAACUUUUAACUUCACAAUGUGGUCUUAGAUGCAUUUAAAACAGACACAAAUCGGAUUACUCAAACUAUUCGCUUCAGGAGGUGGUCUGAGACAGAUUUGAAAUGGACUAUUUCAGGAGGUGGUCUGAUACAGAUUUGGAAAGGACCACUUCAGAUGGUGGUCUGAGACACAUUUAAUACAGAUACAAAUCUGAUUACUGAAACUGUUCACAUGCUGGAGGUGGUCUGAGAUAGAUUUGGAAUGGACCACUUUAGGAGGUGGUCUGAGGCACCUUUAAAAUAGAUACAAAUCUGAUUACUCAAACUAUUCACUUCUGAGACAGAAGUGGAAGUGGUCUGACACAGAUUUUAAAUUUAAAACAGAUUGAAAUCUGAUUAUUUAAACUGUUCGCUUCUAGAGGUGGUCUGAGACAGAUUUGGAAUAGACCACUUCAGUAGGUGGUCUGAGACGCAUUUAAUACAGAUACUAAUCUGAUUACUUAAACCACUGUUGCGUAUUUCAUCCAGCUCAAUAAUUAGAUUUCUGAAGACGCAUUUAUUCACCAGAUAUAAAUGUAAACGUGUAAAUGGGGAUACAAUCCAAAUACUGAUCACAUGAAGUCAGAUGACCAGGUGUAAACGGGGUCUUAUUGGAACUCAGUAGAAAGAUUGUGUUUCCUGUGUUUCUGUAUGAAUAUAAAUGAAUCUGAAUGAGCAGAAGUGGUCUGAGUCCAGUAUCUGAAGUUGUGUCCUCAGUGAGACGAGGACGCGUGUCCUCCUGGAGCUGGGAGCUGGUGGACCGGGCGUAGUUAUGCAUUGGCGUCAGCAGAGUUUAGUGUUUUAGACUGCAGUACCUGUGCCUACAUGGAUACCAUGCCGUGUGCUGCCCUGCUUCAGGGUGUAAUAUUCCCUUGCUUUUCUAAAGGGGUUUAAUGUUUCAAAGAUUUUUUUAAUGCUUUGGAUAUCUUGUAAUCAUGAUAUUCUGGGUUUUUUUCCAAGGCUUUUUUUUUUUCAGUUCCACUUAAAUGUAAAUUAUGCAUUAUAUAGAGCAUCAUUUUAAAGAUGACUUGGUACUUUAAUUAUUGUAAUUAUGAAGAGAUGUAGCCUUUAUUAAAAUGUUUAUAUUUUUCAAAUGAA